ACCAAAGUCAAUACCGUGGUGUGGUAUAAAAAUAAAAUUUUUUAUUAAAAACUCUCCUGGAGGACAACCAUUCCCUGUAGUUAUUCUUAUCCAACAUCAAAUCCCAAUAUUCAGGUGACACAAAUGCUUUGGUGCUCAAUGAACUCAAACACAGAUAAGUGUAUAAACCCCCCGUAUGUUUAUAACAGCACAUUAAACACCACAUCAGACUUUGAGUACGCUGGAGACAACAAAUCAGACUGCACUUUGUUAAUCCACAAUGUACAGUUCAGUUAUUCUGGAGAGUACAAGUUAAGAUUUAUAAUUGAUAAUCCCAGUGACAGAUACACAGGUGAUCCUGGAGCGAUUCUACAAGUUGCAGAUUUAAAGGUGUCACUAAUCAGGCUCAGUGGAAACGGAACCCUUAAACAAGGAGACUCGUUAAAUCUGACGUGUGAUGUGAACUGCACACAAAGUUCCUCACAGUUUGUGUGGUCUAAGAACAACGAGCGCUUAAAUACAUCAGGACCCGUUCUUCACUUUCCUGCUGUAACCGUGAGGGAUUCUGGGAGUUACACCUGCACUUGGAAAACCAACAUGACGUCAGGAUCUGAAACGAUCAGCCUUCUCGUCGAGGGUGAAAACCCUGAAAGAGAUUUUGCUCAGUGGCACAUCUGGAUCAUUGUUCUGGUGAUUGUUGUUGUGAUUUUGGUGAUUGUGGCAGCUGUAAUUAACCACAGGAGGAAGAGAGUAGAAGCUCAAGAAGAAAACAGUGGGAAAGGUGCAGAGAAAGCACAGCAGGUUGGAGAAAACACACAUGAUAAACAGACAAAGCCACAGCUAAACAUCGUUCCUCAACUGGAUGAUGAAACGUUGCACACGGAGGAAGUGACUUAUGCGACUGUGUUUGUCAAAGACAAGAAACUUGAGCAAGGACGUGUCCACACUGAACGACAGGAGGAGGAUGACAGUGUUAUCUACAGCACUGUCAAAAACACCUGAUCACAUUUUUACAUCUCAUUCAACCAGACACCGUGAGGCCUGUAAAUAUUCCCCCUGUGGGACGUUAAAAUAAAAUGUGUGUCAUUUUAGGGCUUAUUAAUGUCAUAUAAAGUGUCCAGCUGUUUUCUUUAAACGUACACUUGGAUAGGAGAUUGCCUUUACAACUGAAUCUGUUUUAAUAAUCGCUCAAGCUAAUUUUUUCCUUUAAUAAUUGUGUUGUUUUGGGAAACAGACUUUCAGUAAGUGCUUUAUCCUGGUCAGGCUCCUGGUGGAUCCAGAGUCUAUCCUGGGAAUACUGGGAGCAAAGCUGGAAUAAAUUCACCCUGGAUCUGACGGCAGUCCAUUGCAGGGCACCGUGUACACACGCAUUCACACACUCAUUCACACACUCAUUCACACACUCUUUCACACACUCAUUCACACACUCAUUCACACAAUCAUUCACACCUAGGAGCAAUUUAACAUAGCCAGUCUACCUACAGACAUGUUUUUCAGAAGGUGGGAGGAAACUGGAGAACCUUGAAGAAACCCACGCUAACACAGUGAAGAUUAUGCUGCCUUUUCUCCCUAAAGAAUGAUAAAUUCUGAUGCUCUGUAACCAUUAAUGUAAAUGCUUUCCUAAAACACAAAAAUCCACUGUAUCUUUAAGUUAAAAUGUUUAUUUUUAUUUAUUUUAACCAAAGUACAGGUGUGUUGUUGUUGUUUUAUCGUAUAGAGAAAAUCGUAAAUGUUACUAGUUCUAUUUUUUUUUUAAAUUGUGGAAUUCUGCAUGAAAACUUUUUUUUUUUUUUUUUUAAAUUUGCUUCUCAGACAACAGCUAUAAUAUGGAGUGUAUCGUAUUGUCAGAAAUACAUAAACAUAUCUUAUAAUCAAUAUAUCUUUCAACACGUGUCUUUUUUUCAAACGGUUCUUUUAGUUUCACGUACUAUUGACAUGAAUGUGAUUACUUCUGAGCUGUAGUCACUUACUGUGUUUAUCACAGGAAAAACAAAACCACAGCUCUGUUUACGACACUGUUCAUUUGUAAAACACCCAACUGAACACUGUACUUCCAUAUUUGGAUAAAAUCUGCUCACACAUACCAACUGCACCAUGAUAGAUCAGGCUGAUCCUUCAAAUCUGACCCACUAGAGAUAUUCAACCCGAAAGACAUGACUUCUCCAUGCGGGGGUGUCCCGUCCCAUCCACCGCUGGCUAUAUCAUGUGACAUCAACAGUAACAAGUGUGUUUUAGUGAUUAUUGAUCAAACCCACUCAUCUUACCAGUCAUUUUACCCCCUCAUUACCUCAUCUCGCUCACCUGGGUGGGUUUUGACACUGGUUUUACCUGCCAGACACAUUACUGGAAGUGUGUGUGUAUACUUUACUUCUUUUGGACAUUUUUUUGGAACAACAUUUAGCUCUCACUUCUCAUUUAUUAAUCAUUGAGCAAAGCAUAUCAGCAAACAAACACACACACACACACACACACACACACUCACUCAGACACACACAUGAAGCUGCCCGUGUGGAUCACCUGCUGAACCAGAGCGAUAAAAAUGCUGUACCUGGUGGUGAUUCUGCUCUCUGUGUCAGGUAUGAAAUAAACUGUUCAGUGUUCAGUUCUUAGCGUUUUGCUGGCACCAGGACACGGACAGAUUCUUUCAUUUUUAUUUGUAAGGAAUAAACCAGUGUGUUGUAAAGAAAAAAAGCUCUGAUAUUGGAGACUCCUUCAUUAAAAGAUAAAUAAAUGUUAAUUAAAUGUCACCAUAUCAAUGAUUACACACGUUUUUAAUGCAUUUCUGUGGAGUAUCUGCUGUACCAUGUGACACCGUGUCCUGGUGUCUCACAAUCACUGUAACGCUCAUCAACUAUUCGAGAGAGCUUACAGAGAUGUUUUAUAUGAAUCUUUACGCUCUCUUUUGAAAGACUAAAACAUUUUUGAUAUACAAGCAGCAUUUUGUAGUGGAGGAAAACAAUCAUUUAAAACAAAAUGGACAUUUUAUCAUUUUGUUUAGUCUUUAAUGUUUCACACAUUUUUCGACACACUUGUUUUGCAGGUGUUUUCAGUAAAUAUGGUGUGAACUAUCCGGAUAAUCCGAUCUGUGCUGUGAGAGGAUUCAGUGUCUCCAUUCCCUGUAGUUAUUAUUAUUAUCCAACAUCAAAACCCAAUAUUCAGGUGACACAAUUGCUUUGGUGCUCAAUGAACUCAAACACAGGACUGUGUGAAAACCCCCCGUAUGUUUAUAACAGCACAUUAAACACCACAUCAGACUUUGAGUACGCUGGAGACAACAAAUCAGA